AUGGCAUCCCUUUUCCCGUCUCCACCGCCACCGUACACCGACGCCGCCGACCCCGCCGCUCCCCCGUCUCACUCUGACGCCAACACUUCCUUGCUCACUUCCCUCCUCAUCAUCGCCGGCCUCCUCGCCUUCGUCGUCGUCGCCUGCGUCUCCAUCCACGCGCUCCUCCGGUACCUCUCCCGCUCGUCUCCCUCGUCGACGCUCCCGCGGACGCACCGGGGCCAGGCGCAUGCCGGGGCACGGGAGGAUAACAGGGAGGAAGGCGAGGAGAAGCGGCGGCGGCGGCUGAUCGAGUCGCUGCCCCGGUUCACGAUGGCGUCGGCGCUGGCGGCGCUGCCGAAGAGCUCUCCGGACUGCGCCGUGUGCCUCUCGCCGUUCACGCCGGACGCCGAGCUGCGGCUGCUCCCCGCGUGCCGGCACGCGUUCCACGCCGCCUGCGUGGACGCGUGGCUCCGCACCUCCCCGACCUGUCCGCUCUGCCGCGCCAGCAUCGCGCUCCCGCACCCUUCCAUCUCCGCCAUCCUCGCCGCCGAACAGCCGCCGCCACCUGAACCUCGAAGAAUUAGCAGGGACCGUUUCCGCGUCGAGAUGGGCAGCGUCAGCAGCCGCGGCUCGCCCAUCAGUGUCGGCAGCGGCGGGGGUGACAGCCGCACCUACUCGCUCGGCUCCUUCGAGUACCACAUCGAGGAGGAGGUGGAGGCCGUGGUGUCCCGGAUGGUGCGCGCCGUGGCCAGGGCGCCCGACACCAUCAAGGAGGAGAAGCCUGCGGCCGCGAGGUCGCCGUCGCCGUCGCCACCCGGCGAGGCGGUGGCUGAAGCGGCAGGAUCGCCCACGCGUAGCUGGCUGCGGGAGUACAUGGAUCGCCUGGCAUCCUCGGCAUCGUCUUUCGCCUUGCCCGGACUGUGGAGCUCCCGGUGGAGCCAGAGAAACGAGGAGCCGUGGCUGUGGGACACGGAGGCGGCAGCAACGCCACCGCCACCGCCGCCGGGGUAUGACGAGGACGAGACGGCGUUCAUGGUGCUGUACCGGUGGAUCGCCGCCGUCUGAACAUAAUUGGUGCUGAAAGUGCCAAGGGCUUUUGCGCUAAGCCUGGAUCCAAUGCUUUGGAAGCUUCUGUUGACUCUGGCACAAAAUGUAGUACCGUAGGUGAAAACCAGUUGUGCACAUAGCUCAUCCUCGGAGUUGGGAUCUAGGAACCCGAGGAAGUCGAAGAACAGAAUAGGAAACCAUGGAUGCAAAAUUUUCUUUUCUGUAGACUUAGUUAUCUGCACCUUGCAUAAGGAU